ACGUAGUCGCGUUCCCAUUCCACGUAGCGCGGCGCUACUAUCACGGCUCGUCAUCGUCAUUCAAUCGUACGUACUCACGCGCGCGGUACGCACAUGCACACACGCGUGCCGACAGAAGAUCGCGAUUGUCGUCGUAUUAUCGGUCCGGUUCGGUAACCACCACCGCGGUACACGGACGCGGCUUGCAGCUGCAACUACAGCAGUGGUCGUAACGACAACAACCACAACAGUAAUAUUUCUUUCGUUAUCACGCCGUCCGUCGCACGCGCGCCCCGCUUAUCUCUCGCGCGCUCGCCGACCGUGCGGAUAUAUAGAGUCCCGCGUUCGCCGCCGGCGAGUGAGUUAUUUUCGAUCGUCGAAGCGCCAUCGGUCGUUUCCGCGUCCGCCUAAAACCGUAUAAUUAUAAUAUUAUCGUUAGAUUUUGAUCGUUUUGAUUUCGCUCAUCUCCGUUUGUCGUACUCGGUAGAAGCUGCAGCAGCGUCACUAGCCGUCUUUGCCGUUCGACUUUGCGGUCCUCUUCCUCGGGCGCCGGAACACGCGCACUUCUAACCGCGGACGGCCCGUCGGGUACGUCGAACCCGGAAAUACCGCCGGCUGCACGACCGAGCUGCAAUACUAUUAUACGACACGAUAAAUCGUCAUUAUAGCUGCACACUAACCCGCUAUUCGGCAAUAACCGGCACUUACAUUGCACCAGGGCUUCGCAGUCUUCGGUUGGUGAUCGGCACUCAGGGUUGAAUAUACUACCACUGACAUGGUACUGAUGGUAUCAGUCCCGGAACUAUUCGUCGUAAUCGGCGUAGCAGCGUUGGUGACUUUGACACAAUCCGCCGCAGUCGUCGGAAACAAUAAACAACAGUUAUUGAUAAACUCGGAACAGCUGUCCGAAGCCGAAUACGGACGCUGCGAUGACGGUCCCGUGAUCAACUGCCGUACUCUGCCUCUGUUUAACUACACUGAACUGUCACCGCCGCCUGUUGGAACCGACGCCGCCGGUGAUAUACAACAAGAUGUCAAUUGCCCGUACAAAAACUUGGAACGACAUUUUCGUUGCGUGGACGUGUUCACCCGACGAUGCUUGACGCCCGAACAACGAGGAGCCUUUUAUUCACUGUACACCGUUCCGACGUUGGACAUGCAAGAGUUGUGCACCGAGGGCGGGCCCUACAGGAAAGAAUACUUGAAACACGCAGCUUGCCUGCGUACAGUGCACAGCGAGUACGUGCAGUGCGGACGUCGACACCAGUCCGAGUUGGCCGCCCUAAUGCUGGACCAGGUGCAACAAAUAGGAGGCGACGGAACUCUGCCUUCGACCGCGUCGCCGUUCGCUGGAGCCGAACAGAUAACCCAGAACCUGGCCCGCCUGUGUGGAUCAUUCAGAGGACACUUGCAGUGCGUGCACGGUAUUGUUCGGGCUACUUGUGGACAACAGACCGAAGAGUUCGCCAAUCAGUUUCUUAGUCAAAUGGCGUCUUCACUUUUGAACAUCUGUGACAAAUACGCAAACGGCGUGAACGGAGGGGUGUCCCGGUCACCGUCCUCCAGCGCCGCCCGGACGACCGGAACCACGACCACGGGGUUGGUCGUUUUACAGACAACGGUCGUUAUGGCAUUUUCGUUCCGACGGUGGUGAUGAAUUCUGGCAGCCAUCGCACAUCCGCUAUAUAGGGGAGGACGAUGUUUGUUUUACAAACAAAAACGAUGAACGCCAUCGGUUUCGCCAUUAUAUGUUUUAUUGACCGCACAGCUCCUCGCCACGGUUUUUCAUACACCUACCACGAUUAUUCUUGCCUACUUUAUAGAUGAUAAUUAUACGUAGAUAAUUAUUGUUAUUAUUACGAUUAUUACUAUUAAGCUAUUUUCACUAUAUUAUUAUUAUGUUUAUUGUGUAUUAAUUUAUCGUCGUUACUAUUAUAAUGCUUUAAUGUUAUACUGUGUAUAACAUGAACUGUAUAAUAUCGUGAUGUGUAUUAUUUCGGGAGUGUUGAUUAUUAUUUAAUAUUAUUAUUAGGCAUAUUAUUAUAAUUUUGUUUUGUUUGUUUGUAUACGCGCGAUACUGUAUCGCGGCAGUCUCAUUAAAACAAUCUAGUGAAUAAAAUAAAAAUUUUAUUUUGCUUGAUCAA